CACACUUUCCAAAUACUUAUAGAAGGGCAAAAAAGAAACAAAAAAUAGCCUCUCUAGGUGAAGGUAGUAGGGCACUAGCAAUUAAAAAGGAGGAUUUGCCCACUCGGUCGAGUAAAUUAUUGGAGCCUAUCACUACUGCACUUAUGGAGCUCCGCAAGUCAAUUCCACUCGACAAAGAAACAUCACCCCCUAUAGAGCUUUUAGAAGAAACCACUAAAUUCAUUGAUGUUGAAAGAGUGGAGACGCCAAAGAGUAAACUGAAAAUGGCAAGGAAACAUACGUAUUACGGGAAGGGGGAAGGUGUGCUCCCUAUGUACCAUGAAGAAGCUAUUGAUUUCUUCCUUCAAGAAAAUCACAUGGAGCACACCAUUUGGGAGGAUGCAGAUACUUUGAAACCAUCAUGCAACGGUGAUGCUAUAGAGCAGCUCCUACAUGAUGGGCCACUACGCAGUGAUGUCGUCAACGUUUACUUUCGUGUCAUGGAGCUUUGGCAUCGAGAAAAGACUGAGUCUGUUGAUAACCCAUCUAUAUUCUUGCGCUGUGAAAUACAAGUUUUGAAUCACCCAAAAUUUUUUAAGACUCUCCUACAAAUUAUGUGUAUUCUGACAUAAUGAAUUUUGUAGGCUGCCGUGAAUCGACAUCUAUUGUGCAUUGGUGAGGUAACUGCUGAUGUUACGAAAAGUAUUUUACAGUCCUUGCAGCCUAGUAUUAUAAAAUGGUUAGGGGACAUAGAACUCUGUGAUCUCCAAAACUAUAGAUAUCUAUUCAUUCCAAUGAAUAUGGAAUGGCAUUGGUAUUUACUUGUUUUGGACUUGAAGCAGCAGUGUUUUCAAUGCUACAAUUCUAUGUGGAGCUUCAAUGAUGCAAACUAUAAUAUUAAAUUUGCAUCAUUUCUGCGAUUUUGGCUAAGCGACCGCGUAGGAUACCAUAUCCCGGAAACUAUCAUUCAUGAAAUUCGAGAGUGUCCACAGCAAAUGCCGGAUACUCUCGACUGUGGGGUAUACUUGCUCAUGUAUGCGGAGGAACUGACACGGGGCACUUCGAGACCAUUGCUGGAACAGUUCAAGGAUCCCUCUUUAUAUAGAAGCUGGGUUGCAGGCAAUAUUUUGUUGAAUGACCAUUGCAGUACAAAUGAUAGAUUCUGGAAUUGGUAUGAGAAGAUAUGUAGAAAGAGAGAUUAGAGCAGGCAACCUACUCCUACAUUUUCUUUUUUUGUGUAAUGUAACAAUGAGACAGUUAUG